UGUACUGCAAUCAAAAUGAAGGAAAACACUUUAUUAUUAUGCAUACUUUUCCUGAACGUCUGCUUGUCUGCUGGUGAGGAAGAUUUUAUUAGGCUGACUGGUGGUCAAGACCACUCUGAGGGCCGUGUGGAGAUCUUUUAUGAUGGAGCUUGGGGGACCGUGUGCGAUGAUGCCUGGGACAUAAAUGAUGCUCAUGUAGUGUGCCGCCAGCUCGGUUUCCCUGGUGCAACAGAAGCUCUGGCAUCAUCUACAUUUGGCAACGGGGAUGGUAACAUCUGGAUGGACGAUUUAGGCUGCAUUGGAACAGAGCUUAACCUGCUCUACUGUCCAUUUCCUGGUUGGGGGAUCCAUAACUGUGGUCACACUGAGGAUGCUGGUGUUAGAUGCGAGCCUACUAUCAGGGAUCUGAGCCACGAGUAUGAUUUGGACCACAAUGCAAGCCUCUCUCAUCAGCUGGGGGAGCUGUUUGACAGUGGACAUGACUGUGACUUGAACAUUGCAGUGGUGGUGGACAAUGACACCAUUGAGACAAUCUGUGCUCACAGGGUCAUCCUUUCUCUGAAUCCAAACCUCAAAUCUUCACAGCCAGACUUCAGCAGUCUUAGCAUUGAUGUCAGCUCUGACUGCAGUCAAUACGCCAACAACUUCGUCAGAUAUUUCUACACAAGGAAGAUUAAAGUCACACUAUCCUCCGCCCAUUGCAUUCUCAAGAUGGCAUCCAACUGGGGUCUGACAGAGCUUCAGAACAAGGCUACAGAUAUUUUCAGGCUGUUUCUUCCAGAGGAUCCCACUUUCCAGAGUCAGAACUCUUUAUAUGAGUAUGCAGUUUUUACAGGGGAUGAGGCACUGCAGGAAGUUUACUUUCGCUACCUAGCGUGGAACUGUGAGGUGCUGAUCCGGUCUCCAGCCUGGGAAACUCUUCCUUUUGGUCUUGUCGAAGCUCUUCUCUCUCGCUCAGACCUUGUGGUAAGUAAUGAAACGGUCAUCCUGAGUGGACUGGGAAGCUGGGCAGCAGCCCAAGGAAACACAACUAUUCCUGAGGUGCUUCUGAAGCUCAUCCGUUUCCCAAUGAUACCAGCUGAGGACUUAUACACACUUGACCGCUCACAGUACCAUGCCGGAAAGUUGCAGGGCUUUCAGUUCAAUGCACUGCCCUUCACAACGUUGGUCAAUGACCUGACAGAAGAACAAAAUGUCUACACACCUAGGAUUUACACUGGCAGGCCAUGGACCUUUACCUUCAGCUACCACAUUAUCAAAGCUCACAAGGAUUUUAAGUUCUACACCUUUGAUGGCCAGCGCAUCAAUAAUCUGACAUCAGAUUUUCAAACACCUAUUCAUAACAGUGCCUAUUUUACUUUUCACAAUGUUUUCUGGAGAACAAGGUUAUUUGUCAAUGAUGAAAAUUGCUCAAGUGAAAAUGUGGCAUGCCCUUCUUUGCCAGCUGUUAGUUUGAAGAUUGAGGUAAAGAACAAGAAUUUACCCAGUGAGACUGUGGAACGUAUUCGUUACAGCAAUCGGCUUGUUAUUAAGUGUAAAGGGAAGUACGUUGUCCACGUUGCUGAAUUUAAUGCUGUUGAUGGUGAGAAUCUUCUUUUUGUCCCAAGCACCACAGCACAUCCGUGUCACUCAAACCAGUUCUCCCACCACGUGGUGGUACGUCCUCAGUACUCAACAAAUUAGUUUGUAUCGGCAUAUUAUCUUUUAUAGUAAUGUAGUAAACAUGACCAGGCUUGCUCUGUAUGCGAUCCUGGCUACAGUUUCACAAGUGAUAUGGGAAAUGUGGUUCAGCUGUUCAGAGCUGAUAAUUGUGUUUGUGAUGGCUGCCUUGGUUUCAUUUCUCUUUGCUUUGGCAAUGUAUGUAGUAAAAAGCCCUUUAUUGUGUUACAGCAACACUAUUUGUAGUAAAAGAAAAAAAAAUUUAUGGUUAGAGUCUCAAAAGAGCAUUUGUUCUAAUAAACAACGGGACAAGUCUGUCCAUGUUUAACACGCCUAUUUCUACCAACUGGUUACAUCAUAGGUUUGGCAUCCAUAAAGAAGAGGUGGAGGGGGAUAAAGAAGCCACUGUAUGCAUAUAAAACAUUUUUAAUAAAAGUUAAGGUUCUCUAAAUGUAUAAUGUUGACAGUCAUUUUUCUUGCCAUUUCUGUAAAGACGUUUUAUAAAGGACUUUAAAAAAUAAGAUUGUGUCAUAAACAUACAUUCAGAUGUAGCAGUAUGAUUGUUACAGUUAUUAUAAGUCCAAAUAAUGUAAAUUCUUGAUUCAGCAAUACUGUAAUAAAU